UAGCUUUGAAGAAAGGGAAGAAGAAGAGUAGGAGGGAAAGGAGAAGGAGGAAGAGGAGGAGGAGGAGAGAAAAGACAAAGCGUGUGCGCGACACGUCGCGAUCAUGACGCGAUGCGUCCGCGACGGAAGCACGCGCCCGCUUCGACGACGUGCUCGCCCACCGCGAGAUCCUCCAAGCUGUUAUCCUCUUGGUCCUCAGCUAUGAUCAACAGGAUCACGCUCGUUCUACUUCCGUUCUUCCUCAUCUCCUCGAGCUACUCACUCGAGGAUACUUCGAUUGCGAAUCAUACUUUCACAGUCGCUGGAAAGGACGAUGCUUGGAUAGAUUCGUUCACUCAGGAAACGGUCACGGAGCAAUCAUCACCAAAGAGCGAGUCUUCAAAAUUAUCUUAUUUUACUAACUGGAGCGAGUGGUCGGUUUGUGAUCGACAUUGUUCACAAAAUCGUGUCAGAAGAUGCAUGACGAAGAGUCAAUGUGGUACCACUGUACUUAGAGAAGAACGUACUUGCGAACACAAGAGAAAAGGACGAAGAAAAAGAUGUAAGCAACGUCAACGUCGAGGACGAUGGAAAUCAGAUAAAUUUCACGUGGUACAGUUGCCAAAGGAAGCCGCACCUAGGCACGGUAGAAGAAGAGGUACCGAUGUCCAAGAUCAAUCUAACAAUCACUAUGGCAAAUGGAGCAGAUGGUCUCCGUGUACAAGGCUAUGUACUACCCAGCGUCACAGGUGGUGUAGGAAGCCUGGGAUCUGUGGUCGUGACGUUAUACGAGAAAGUGCUUAUUGUUACGUUGAAGGUAGCUUCUGCCAAAGAUGGAUACACCGAAAAAUUCGUGGAAGUCGAGAGGAAGAUAACGAUGACGUGAUAUUAGACGAAUUCGAAUUGAAUCCCAACUCCGUGGACAGUUUUAUUCCCGAAAAAGUUCAGCCAGCAUGGAAAUGCGGUAUGGUGAAUCCUCAGAAAAAUUCUAGACUUUCUUAUUUCACUCGAAUCAUCGGUGGUCGUCCAACCGUACCAGGAGCAUGGCCGUGGCAAGUGGCUGUAUUGAAUAGAUUUCACGAAGCAUUUUGCGGAGGAACUCUGGUCUCACCGAAAUGGGUCUUGACUGCCGCCCACUGCAUAAGAAAACGCUUGUACGUUCGUAUCGGCGAACACGAUUUAACGGUGAAGGAGGGCACUGAACUGGAGCUCAGGGUGGACUCGGUGGUAAUACAUCCAGAAUACGACGCUGACACGGUCGAUAACGACGUUGCCAUGUUACGUCUUCCAGUUAAUUUGACUCCAUCUCCCUCGAGAGGGAUAGCUUGUCUUCCAGCACCGAAACAACUUUUACCUACGAAUCAAUUGUGCACUAUUUUAGGCUGGGGCAAAUCCAGAGUAACCGAUGAUUUCGGUACCGAUAUUCUUCAUGAAGUUAAGAUACCCAUAGUAUCCUCGGAAAUAUGCCGAAAAGUUUACGUGGAUUACAGAAUAACUGACAAUAUGUUUUGUGCUGGUUAUCGUCGUGGAAAAAUGGAUUCCUGUGCUGGUGACAGUGGUGGACCUUUAUUGUGCAGAGAUCCCCGAAGACCCGAUCACGGUUGGACUAUUUUCGGCAUUACCAGUUUUGGAGAAGGUUGUGGGAAACGUGGCAAAUUUGGAAUUUACGCUAAAUUGCCCAAUUAUGUGAAAUGGAUUUCGAGAGUCAUGAAACAAGACGAUGAACGUGAUUAGAAAAGUUCGAUAAAAUGUUGAUCGAAUUUUUGGCGAGAAUCUAAAAGGAACUAUGACGGUGUAAUUAAAUUUGUUGAUAGUGCGAUUAUUUUGAAAAAAAGGACAGCACUGAGUGCUGAGUGAUAUCCUUUAUGUUUAAGUAUUAAUAUUAGGUAAUUAAUAAAACGUAGAAAUUAGAAAAGGGUUCUUCGUUUAGUUGAUUAAUAACUUCGUUACAUUCUUCUAAUAACGCAUUUGUAUGAGCUUUUGUACGCGAUAUGUAGGAGAAUUAUGAAUUUGUUUUUGCCUUUUAUUGAUAUACUUCAGACGAUGGAAUUGUAUUGGAAAAUCCUUUAUUCGAUAAUAAGAAAACGUAAUAUCUACAAUGAUAAGUGAAAAUGAAAAAAGUAUUAUUACAUUUGUGCAGGUUGUCUGUACUCAUUAGUUCGUUCGCUUCACGUAGGAAUGAGAGAAAUGCAAUGUGAGUUGAACUUAAGUAGACAAAAAGGCAAGUUUAAACGUGACAAGAUAGUUCUCUGUUUUACAACAGUUAAAUCGAUUGAACAUAGCAGAGAGUGCUGCCAUCAUAUG